AUGGAAAUUCUUCUUAAGGCUUUGCACUCCAGAGGACACAACAUCACUGUUGUACGUUCCAGCAACAGCUGGUACAUCAAGGAGAACUCUUCUUACAGCACCAUCACUGUUCCUGUGGAAAGAAGCUUCUAUCAAAACUUUAUUACCAAAGUUAUAUUUGACCUCAUACAGUUUGAACGAGUUAAAACCGACGCAGACAUUUGGCUGAUGAGAACUGAUUUUGUGUUCAACUAUCCUCGUCCCACAAUGCCUAAUGUUGUGUACAUGGGAGGGUUCCAUUGUAAAUCUCCAGAACCACUUCCUGAGGACUUGGAGGAGUUUAAAGUAAUCUGGACCUAUAAAGGUAAAAGACCAGCCUCUUUAGGAAACAACACUUUAAUGGUUGACUGGAUGCCCCAAAAAGACCUUCUAGGACACCCCAAGAUAAAACUUUUUGUUGCUCAUGGAGGAACAAAUGGAGUCCAGGAGGCAAUUUGUUACGCAGUCCCAGUCGUGGGUUUGCCCUUGUUUUUUGACCAGUAUGACAAUCUGCUCCGCCUGCAAUCAAGGGGGGCAGCUAAAGUUCUGAAUCUGGUUACAGUCGACAAAGAUGAUAACUUCCUAAAAGCUCUACAGGAAGUCCUCAAUGAGCCCUCCUACAAGAUGCACAUGCAGAGACUUUCCAGACUGCACAAUGAUCGACCAAUGAAGCCGAUGGACACGGCCGUCUUCUGGAUAGAG